AUGACUGGGGAAAUAAUAUCUAUUCAGGUCGGCCAAUGCGGAAAUCAGGUGGGAAAACAGUUCUGGGGCCAGUUAGCUAGGGAACAUGGAAUUGGAGUAGACGGCCAAAGUCUGCAUCCAGAAGACGCCAAUGUUGUAAGAGAGGAUGACACAAACGUAUUUUUCCGGCAAAAUGAUCACAAUAGGUUCACUCCGCGUGCCCUGCUGUAUGACCUCGAGCCGAGUGCAAUUGGCGAUGUGCAGAAUUGCUUUCCAGGCUUCUUCAAUGAGCGGAAUGUGUGGAUCUCCAAAGAGGAACUAGGUGCAGGCAAUACAUGGUCGAUCGGCUACGACUACGGUCUCGAGAAGCAAGACGAGUUCAUGAACAUGAUUGAUAAGGAAAUCGAUGCCACGGGAAAUUUUGAAGGGUUCCAACUGAUUCACUCGGUGGCGGGCGGUACCGGAUCUGGGCUGGGGUCAAAUCUGUUGGAAGCUCUGUCUGACCGGUACCACAAGAAGAUUGUGAGCACAUAUUCUGUAUUUCCUAGCAGGGAAUCUGAGGUGGUCGUACAGCCCUAUAACACCAUAUUGACCUUGCGGAGGCUCAUAGACAAUAGCGAUGCGUCGGUAUUAUUUGACAACGAUGCGCUGCUCAACCUUACCGCAAGAGUUCUUCGUGAUUCAAAUACGAGCUAUCAACAGACCAACCAGCUAAUUGCAAGUGUGAUGUCUUCGGUAACUAAUAGUUUGCGGUUUCCCAGUUAUAUGUAUAAUUCGCUACCAAGCAUCUUCUCCACACUCGUGCCCACACCAGAACUACACUUCUUAGCACCCAGCUUUACACCUUUUACAUCUGAUUUUGUUCCUGGUGCAAAAGAUUUCAAGAGAUUAUCUGCAUACGAUGUAAUCUUGGAUUUGUUCGACAAGAACAAUUCCAUGGUUACCCGAGACACCGAUACGCCGGUGUAUCUGGCAAUAUACGAUGCCCUCCAAGGUGCGGUAGAGCAAAGUGAUGUUACGAGAGCCAUAUUGAAAACACAGCAACGUAUAAAGUUUGCACCAUGGUCUCCGACGUCGCUGCAUGUGAACCUUGGGAGAAAAUCGCCUUACAACUCAUCUGCAAAUUCGGACUACGUUAGUGGAAUGAUGCUAGCCAACACAUCAUCGAUAGUUUCAGUAUUCCAAAAGACAGUAUCAAGCUUUGACGUUAUAUUCAAACGCGGUGCCUUUCUUCAUAAAUUCCAAAAUGGUAAGAUGUUCCAACACGGUUGGGAUGAGUUUUUGGAAUCACGCGAGGUUAUUCAAGGCGUCAUUGACGAAUAUAUAGCCGCUGAACAGGAAAACUACCUGGAUGACGUGCUGGAGGAAGAUGGUAAUUUUGUGGGUGGAGAUGCUGAGAUGAUCGAUAUUGAAAGUAACGACGACAUCAUAUGA